AUGGGCUCAAACAGGCUAGUCGACAAUGGUUCACCCGGUUAUCGACCUUCCUUGCUUCUCAUGAUUUUCAGCAAUCACCAGCAGAUCACUCUCUCUUUCUACGCUUCAAUGCUAACAUUACUACGCCUAUUUUUCUAUGUUGAUGAUAUCAUUGUGACAGGUAAUAGUAUUACUGAAAUUCAAACCAUCACUGCUCUGCUUGAUCAAACAUUCAAGAUUAAGGACCUUGGCAACUUGAAAUUUUUCCUUGGGCUCGAAAUUGCUCGAUCUGCUCGCGGCAUCCACUUAUGUCAACGCAAGUGCGUUCUUGAUAUUAUUGCUGACUCAGGCAUGCUUGGUUGUCGUCCAGCUUCAACCCUCGUGGAUUAUUCCACUAGGUUACAGGCUUCCUCGGGCACCCCAUUAUCCGGUGUAUCUUCAUCCUCCUAUCGUUGCCUGGUCGGACGUCUUAUUUACCUCACCAAUACGUGCCCCGACAUUGCCUUCGCCGUCCAGCAACUUAUCAGCUCGGGUCUCUUCUUCGCUGCUCAUGGCACUCCUCAACUUCAUGCUUUCAGUGACUCGGACUGGGCUAGGUGUCGUGAUACUAGACGUUCCAUCACCGGCUUCUCCGUUUACUUCGGUUCUUCACUGAUUUCUUGGCCCUCAAAGAAACAAUCCACCAUAUCCCGUAGUUCUUCAGAAGCCGAGUAUUGGGCCUUAGCUUCCACUACCUGUGAACUGCAAUGGCUCACGUUUCUUCUUCAGGAUUUCCGUGUGUCCUUCAUUCAACCAGCUACUCUUUAUUGCGAUAAUCAGUCCACCAUUCAAAUCGCUUCUAAUCCUGUCUUCCACGAACGCACCAAACACAUAGAAAUCGACUGUCAUAUCGUGCGGCACAAGGUUAACGCCGGCCUCAUCAAGCUCCUUCCCAUCUCUUCUUCCAUGCGACUUGAUAAAAAAAUAAAAAACUAA